AUGUCCCAUAUCUCCGACAAAGAAAACAGACAGCCGUACCACCCGUCGUUUGCGGCAAAGGCCGCAAAGGCGGCAGUGACACGGGUUGGCCCAUGGAGGUUGGGUAGGACCUUGGGUAAGGGCUCCACGGGCCGCGUCAGGUUGGCCAAACAUACCACCACGGGUCAGCUGGCCGCCAUCAAGAUCGUUCCGAAAAACAUCAUCGACUUCGACGGCUCCAACUCCGCCUCGAACAAUAACCAGCGGAAAAAGAAGAGAAAGCAAAAGGUCGAUGAAAACGGCCUCCCUUACGGAAUUGAACGGGAAAUCAUCAUCAUGAAGUUGAUAUCCCAUCCAAACAUCAUGGCCUUGUAUGACGUGUGGGAGAACAAAAACGAACUCUACUUGGUUUUAGAAUACGUCGAAGGAGGUGAGUUGUUCGAUUUCUUGAUCAGCAACGGACGUCUGGGCGAGCAGGAUGCAGUCAAGUAUUUCAGAAUGAUCAUCAAUGGUGUCUCUUAUUGUCACAAGUUCAACAUCUGUCAUAGAGAUUUAAAGCCUGAAAAUAUCUUGCUCGAUAAAAAUGGUAAGAUAAAGAUUGCAGAUUUUGGAAUGGCAGCAUUGGAAACCCAGCAGAAGUUAUUAGAAACUUCAUGUGGCUCCCCACAUUAUGCAUCUCCUGAAAUCGUUGCAGGUAAAACCUACCAUGGCUCCCCCAGUGAUGUCUGGUCCUGUGGUGUCAUUCUCUUUGCACUCUUGACAGGACAUUUACCUUUUGAUGAUCCCAACAUUAGACAGCUCCUACUGAAGGUCCAGACGGGUAAAUUCCACAUGCCCUCGAACUUAUCCGAUGAGGCCAAGGACCUCAUCUGGUCGAUGCUGAGAGUAAAUCCUAAUGAGAGGAUAAGUAUAGAUAAAAUCUCCCAGCACCCUUUGAUGCUCAGGUAUCCUGACAACGCAGUUGAUGAAGUCGAGGACAAGUUGGAUCACUUGGACAUCUCCAAGCCGGUGAGCAAUUUUGACCCUGACAUCUUGAACAAUUUGCAAACUCUUUGGCAUGGCAUAUCACAAUCUCAGAUCGUUUUGAAACUGCAAAACAAGGAGAAAAACUCAGAAAAGAUACAUCAAUACCAAGAUCUGGUAGUACCAUUAUCACCACAAUCCAGGAUGAAAAUGGAAAAGUUUUGA